UUGAAUUAUCGGAAACUGUCAUUUAUGAUGGGAUCGGACUGGUUGGGAUACAUAGAUAGGAGAGGAGUUCUUUUUUUUUUUCUUUUCGUUUUUUCCCAUAUUCUUCAUUUAUUUUGGAUACUGCAUGGCGCUCCUCUUUCUGUCGGGGUUUUUCUAUUUUCUUCUUCUUUCCAUCAUAGCGAGGUGCUAAGUGUAGUAUCAUACACCUUUCUUAUUAUUCUAUCAUACCUCCUUCCCCUUUUUUAUUCCUUUAUUUUCCGAACCCUUCUUUCCUUCCCCUCUCAUGCACAUAGGAUUCUUCUCAUCAUCAUCUUCACAUCAUCA